CUACUCCUAAUAAACUAAAUAAUCCAGUAGAAAGUUUCAUUUUCACUUUAUUAUCUAUAAUAAUGGAAACCGGGAAGCACGAAUCCUAUAUGAAAUAACAAUAUAAUUCCCCUCGUUUCUAGAACAAUAUAACUCCAAACUCCCCCAGUUUCUAGAACCUCAUUUCAAUAAAUAGUAGAAAACUUUAUUUGUUUUUUAGGGAGAGAAUUGGAUUCUAUGUAUAAUUGUGCGGGGAUAAUUUUUUAGCCUGUAGUUCUCACUCGUCUCAUUUUCGAAUCAUAAUAAUUUUUUCUCAAAGAUGAUGAUAUAUAUAGGCCGGUUCAGUCCCUUUCGGUUGUCUCGUUUUCACCUUUUUUUUUUUUUUUAAUAAACUCAAGUAUGCAAAUUUGGUCAGCAUAAAGAGAAAAACUGGAGCAAUUUUUUGUUUUUUGGGUUUUGGUAUUUGUGGGCUAAGUGUUAGAACCAGUUUCAUUAUGUUGAGGAUUAUGUUAAGGAACUGGGUCAGUAUAGGUAGGUUAGUUAUAUAGUGAAAACAGUUAGAUAAUUGAUUGUCGAUUGACAAGGUUGGAGAUUCGAAUUUCCAUUCAUCUAGUCCUCCUGAAAAUUUUCACCGACUACCAAAAGUGGCUGCAAGCACCCCCAGCUUUCUACGUAGCUUCAUCACUGAUCACAACGUCACAUACAGUGUCAAAAUCAACGAGAACUUGUUAAAUUUUCUAGACUGGGAAAUGGAUCAGACAUAACUCUUGCUAACAAAAGGCGACAUCAUUACUCAUCUACUAACAAUUCAUUUGCAACUUUCAAUUCUAAUUAAGCGUCAUUUUCUGCCGGAUUUAAGCACAAAAUACACAUAUAGAGAAUACAUAACGUAUUUCUAACACAUAGGAAAUGAUGUACAUUGAAUCUCGCCUUUUUUAGAGAGAUUUACUAUCCGUAGUUCAUUUUCAAUAUAUAAUCUCCGCAUUAUAUUUUCCAGAUAUUAAUUGUUUAAAAAAUUAUAAUUUUUUAUAUAUACAUACAUUCUUUCCUAAUCAAAGGUUACGAAUAACUCCUAAGACUUUGGGGAUAAUUAUGAAUUAUCGGUAAAGUGAGGUAUGACUUAUGAGUUUGAGUUUCGAAACCAUCUAGAAUCCGAAUAUUCACUUUCGUGUGCCUAAUCCGCUAUUAAGUACACGCGUUCAGUUAAUUAAAAAAAUUAUUUAGCGGGGUUUCUCGUAAAAACAAAAUCAACCAAAAUCGUCGAGAAACGGGAAGAAACAAAACUAAAAAGAGAAGAAAAAAAAAGACCGAGUCAGUGAGUGAGGAGAGGAGAUCUCGUCGUCUCGUCACCAACUUUUACGCGCCAACUAAGACCCAGCUGGCACCCCUCCCUCCUCCGGAUUCUCCUCAUAUCCGACCCGACCCGUACAGCGUGGCAGUCUCACGAGCGCGCCACCGUCACGUCACACCCCCCAUCCACGUCACCAAUGUGGCCCCCACUUCAAACUCUCCUGUCUCUGUCCUCGUUUGGCGGACCCACGGGUUUGCCUCAAGAGGCGCGAAAAUAUCUGACGUGUACUCCAGCGCGUGGAGUCCGUGUGGACGAAAACUCGCUGCCCUCCUCACCGAGUUCCGACUCGCAUAAAAAAGCGCUCGCUUCGCUUCCUUCUAUAAAAGCCCUCCCGCCACAAUCGUUUCUUAAUUAGAAGUUCCCGCAGCUCUAUAAUUAGUAAUUAAAAUAGUAAAAAAGGUAAAAGGGAAAGUUAAGCGGAAUGUUAAUUAUUUAAUUUAAAAUCCCACGUUUUCUCUUUUAUUAUCACAUGCUAAUUCAUCAUUACUGAUCAUCUUUAAGUCUUUACUUGAAAUAGUAACCAACCGAUAAUUGAUAGGGCUUUUUUAAGUACAUAAUAAUAAUUCUCUUGAUGAGAUUUAAGUGCGCCCUUAUAACAGAAUAGUUAUCAUUUUAAUUAUCUUAUGUAGGGGUGGUAAACGGUAACCCGGUAAACGGUUUACCGUUUUACCGAACCGAUAAUCGACGGUAAACGGUUUACCGUUUUACCGAACCGAUAAUCGACGGUAAACGGUAAACCGUUUACCGGCGGUAUCGGUAGCCGAGCGGGAAGUUGGGGGAGUCGGUUUACCGGACACGGUAUCGGUAAAUACCGACGCUAAAUCGGUAUUACCAAUACUGAAUCCCCCCUCCCUACUUCCUAGUGUUGCGCUGCGUUUUGUUGCUUUACCCCCAAAAAUAUAUAAUAUUACAUACAUGAAUGUAAGUAUAGGCCUAAAAAAUAUUGUAAAUAAGAGUUAAUAAUAAAUUAUUAAUUAUAAAAAUGAUGAAAAAAACUCAAAAAACUCAAAAUAUUACAACAUCACCCCACUUCCAGAAAUUUGGUUCGGUAAAUAUUUGGUAAACCGACAGAAAAACCGCCCAAAAUCGCUUCUCACGGUAUUUCGGUAAUACUGGUUUGUAACCUUUUACCGGUAAUUCGGUAAUCGGUAAACCGGUUACAAAUCGGUAUCGGUAAUCGGUAACCAGUUUGGCCAACUUCGGUAUACCGAAACCGGUAAAUUCGGUAAACGGUAAAUUGUUUACCGACCGAAUCCCACCCCUAAUCUUAUGUGUCAAAAUAUUCUCAAUUCUUCAUUGUAAGUUGUAACAAUGAAUAUAAAAUGAAUGAAUUUAUUAUUUAUAAAAAAAAUGAAAUGAAUGAAUUAUUCUCAAUUCUUCACUGUAAUCAAUUCUUCAUUGAUCAUCUAAAACUUGUUUGGUAUAGUUUAAAAAAAUAAUUCACCCCCAACAUUCUAACUAAAAAACUAUGAGUAAAAGAUCAUUUUAAUUGUAAUUUUACGUAGGGGUGUGCAACAUUUUGGAUCGUAUUCGAUCGUACAGGACCAAAUCAAUGUGAAUCGAAUCAUACACUAUUUUGGAUCGGAUGGAAUACACUAUUUGUUCAAUCCUAAACCAUAUAUACGAUUAUACAUACGUCGUUCAUUAUGCAUCGUGAUUUUCAUAAAUUUGGUUCGAAUCGAACUGUUGCACACUCCUAAUUUUACACUCUAUUAUCCUAUUAGACAAAUACCAAAAAAUCCGAUAAUUGAGAUAUAAUUAUAAGUUAAAAAAUAUAUGAAAAUCGAAAUUGUGCCAUAAAUCAUGCGCCACUCUCCUCCUCCAUUUGUCCUUGCCCUAGAAAAUAAUUAUUUUCCCUUCUAAAAAAAAGAAACGAAUUUUAACCAAUUUUUGUGGAUAAAUAUUUUGUUCAUCUUUUUGUCUUAUCCAAUGUUAUUAUUAUUAUUCUAAUUAAGGUAACACAUUUAAAAAUUUCAAAAAGCUUUUUUAAUUUAACCUCUCGAUUUAGACGUUCCGUCGUCGUCUCUCUCUCUCACAACCAUAAAACGCGGUCCAAAUCUUCCCAAUAAAAUGCCGUCUGGCUCCAAUUAGGGUUUCUCAUCAUUCCCCCACCUCUUCUUCUUCUUCUCCUCCUCUCCUUCCUUCUCCGCACUUUCCAUCUUCUUCCUCCCGGUCUCUUUCAGCUGCAUCUUCCGAGUUCGAAAUUCUCGUUCCGAUCCCGAUUCCGGCCAAUUCGACCUUCUAUUUAACCUUAAAUGCGGAUUUGAGGGGAAUCGAUUUUCCACGGAUUUCUCCCGUUCUCUUUUCUUCGUGAUUUCCAGCUCCCCAUUUCCGGUUCCCGUUACAGAAUGCCGGCGACUGAUUUCCAAGGAUCGUCGGCUGCAUUCGGGAGGGCACUUUUGAGUCUGCGUCGCGAUCAGGUCCAUUCCAUGGACGGCCACGGCCACAACAGCCACGAGAGCUCCGGUCUCGAGUCGGAGCUCGAAGCGUUUCAGAAAUUGGUAGGGGAGAGGUUCCUCGAUCUCUCAUCGGCUAGAUCUGACGAUUUGCUUUCCCUCGCGUGGAUCCGGAAGCUGCUCGAUGCUUUCCUCUGUUGCCAGGAGGAGUUCAGGCUCAUUUUGUCGAGAAACAAGUCUUAUUGCGGCAAGGCGCCGUUGGAUCGAUUGGUCCACGAUUUCUACGAGCGGAGCGUCAAGGCCCUGGAUCUCUGCAACGCCGUUCGCGAUGGGAUUGAGCAGAUCAGGGAGUGGAGGAAGCUGUUGGAGAUUGUUCUCUGCGCCCUGGAUAACCAGAGGCUUCUCGGGGAAGGCCAUUUCCGCCGAGCGAAGAAGGCGCUGAUCGAUUUGUCCAUCUCCAUGCUCGAUGAGAAGGAGUGCACCGCUGCUUUGGCCCACAGGAACCGAUCUUUCGGCCGGCAUCAGUCUUCUUCCAAGGAUAACCAUCUGCGGGCGCUUGGCCAUUUCAGGUCCUUGUCCUGGAGCGUCUCGCGGUCGUGGUCUGCAGCUAGGCAGCUCCAGGCCAUCGGCAACAACAUCGUGCCGCCCAGAGCCAAUGAGGUUGUGUCUACAAGUGGUCUCGCCAUUGCUGUCUACACCAUGAACUCUGUUAUGCUCUUUGUAAUGUGGGCUCUUGUGGCGGCGAUCCCAUGCCAGGAUCGGGGUUUGCAGGUUCAUUUCUCGAUUCCCAGACACUUCUCCUGGGGUGCCCCUAUAUCCUCAAUGCACGAGAGGAUAUUCGAGGAGUCGAGGAAGCGGGAUAGGAGGAAUGCUUGUGGAUUGUUGAGGGAGAUUUAUCAGAUGGAUAAAUGCUCGAGGGUGCUGUCUGAUUUGGCAGAUUCUGUGCAGUUUCCAUUGCCGGAGGAAAGGGAGCGCGAAGUUAGGGAGAAAGUCCAGGAAUUGGGCCAAAUAUGUGAGGAUUUUAAAGAGGGGUUAGAGCCUUUGGAGAGACAAGUCAGAGAGGUGUUCCAUAGAAUCGUUCAUAGCCGGACGGAAGGGCUUGAUACUCUGGGAAGAGGUAAUCACAACGAUGCACAUUGAAGAAAUUUGGGGAUUGAAGCGACGAGAGAGAUGGCUCACAGUGCAAGCAGUGAAAAUAAAUGGGUAAUGAAAAGAAAGGAGGGUGCUUGUAUUUAUUUACCAUCAUCAGUAUAUGUGUAAAGAAAGGAUUUUUUAGGAUUAUGGCAAAUUGGGGACUUUGGAUCCUGGCUCCUACUGAUCUCCAGCUUGUGUUUUUAUUGUAUAAUCGAUUUUCCUCAGUAAAUUGCUUCUCCCUUUUAGUACCUUGUUUCCUCUGUUGCACUUGGCCUUUGAGAUAGGAAGUGAUAGAUCUUGUUUCGCCUUGAUACAAAGAUGGAAAUAGUCUGUGUUGUUGUUGAACAUUCAGAUUGAGAAACAAGAUAGCCAGAGUAUAUUGUGAAUGAGAGCAAUUCUGAGGUACCUACUUAACCGUUUUCACCUGCGCGUAAGAUAUAACUGUCACUUGUAAAUAUAUGUAUGAUAUAUCUAUCUUCACCAGAAACUUCCUGUUAUGUCUGGAGUUAUAGAUUUUAACAGCAAGGCUAACCUUCACUCUUAGGUGUUCUUUCAUUGAUUGCUCUCAUAUCCCUCACCAGCCUUAUCUUGGCUGUCUCCUGGAGUAGGACAUGGGCAGAUUUUGUUGUUUAUCAUAUCUGUAUGCAGAUAUUCAUAUAACCGGCUGCUGUUAAUGCUAAUCAAACUCUCUUCUGUUCAGAACAUAUGCAGAAGAAGUACUAAUAAUUUGUUUAUUGCCUCGUGUCCUGACUCCUGACCAUUCUUAAUAAACUACUGCAAAGUAUGGAGUUUGUGUUCGCCGUCAUGGGGACAUUGUGCAUCGCUGGGUGCAGAGGUCAAGGUCCAUACUUAGUCUAUCCUGAUUAUAGAUAGCUGUGUGUGUUCUGACUUUGACUUUCUCCCAUGUGGAAAUUCUUCUUGGGGUUCAGUCUAACUUAUGCAUCUUCGUUCAAAUGAUACAGAAGUGGUGUUUGGUUUCUUUCUUCUUACAUGGUGGAAGGAGUCUCCAAUGGCAGCCAUGUGAGCUUUGACUUUGACUCAGUCUCAGCUUCUGUGCCCACUCAUAAAUGGGAGGGAGGCAUGUAACUGAAACAUCUAUCUGCAAACUGUUGUGAUGCUUUGUUUAUUGUUAAUAUUAUGGUUUGUUGACCCCUGUUAUCGUGAUCCUCUCUCUUAUGUGUUUUCAGAUUUUCUUAAUGCUUCAAUUGCCGAAGAACUUGGGACCUGUAUCAUAGCCUUAACAAGUGCUGCUGCUGCUGGCUGGUUGUAAUGUAACGAUCAGCCUGCAUUAUUUUAAACUGCUGAUCUGUAGUGUUUUGAUACUCUGGCAUGAGGGUUGAAGACAUUCCUAGAUUGACCAGCACCAGAUUGUUGUUAUUAACUGUCACAUGGAUGGAAAUGGGCUUGAAGAAGGGAGCAUGGCAUCCAAGUUGACAGGAAUUUGCUGUUUUAGCUGUCGGCGGUGUGUGGAAGAAAUGCUUCAUGAGAGAUAUGUUUAUUCUUGGCCAUGUGAGGCAGUAACGUGCAGUAUGCCAUUCAGUAAAGUAUAUACUUAUUU